AUGGGGUGCAGAGUGUUCCUGGCUUUUAUACUGAGUGUUUGUCUACUGUCACACUGCCAAACUCUUCUACCCAGCAGGGGACAACUGACCCAGGGACUGCCUCACGACGUGUACGUGUCCCUCGGAACCUGCCAGUACAACAUCCCCCGCUGCAUUGUGGGAGAAAAGAGCCCGCCAGAGGCAAUAGAGGUGCCCACCUCCCACAUAUACUCCCAGAGAGAGGUGGAGUUGGGGGUCCCCAACACACUCAUCUGCCAGGUCAGUGAUUUCCACCCAACACCCGUGGAUGUGACUUGGACCAGGAACAAGCAGCCGGUGGGAGAGAGGACCGUCAUUCAGACCCAGUACCUCUCCAAUAAAGACUUCAGCUUCAGGAACUUCUCCUACCUGAGCAUCACACCUCAGGAGGGGGACAUCUACUCCUGUAGUGUGGGUCACGUCAGCCUGCAGGAACCCCUCACCAGGAUUUGGGAGGUUGAAGUGGACACGGAUCACCAGACUGUAGAGACAGCAGUGUGUGUCGGAGGUGUGACUCUAGGAGUGGUGGGAGUAGCAUCACCAGGUAGGAGUGGAGCUACCAGCUCCACUCCUACCUAGAGUUCAGGCCUCAGAGAGGGGAGAGUGUAAGCUGCAUGGUUGAGCACCCCAGCAUAGAUGAACCACUGGAGGUGGUCUGGGAUACCUCAGGCCUGGAUGCUAAAUGGUUUAAAAUGGCAAUAGGGUGUGUUUUCUUUUCAUUGGUGUAGCCAUGGCUAUUGGAGGAGGAGUUUACUACUGGUGGAAGAACAGGUCAGGCUUUAGGCGUGUGCAUAGAUAAGGUCAACUACAUCAGAACCAGUCCCAGGACAUUUGACCCAAGAACCUGGUUGCCUCUGCCAGGAGGCUGACACUUGGCCACAAGUGGAUCUUCCAGCAAGGCAAUAACCAAGCACACAUCACAAUCCACCAAGAAAUGGUUAAUUGACUACAAAAUCAACAUUUUGCAAUGGCUGUCUCCGGACUUGAACCCAAUUGGUUUGAAUUGAAGAGGGCAGUCUAUAAGAGCAGACAAAGGAUAUCAAUGAUCGGGAAGGAUUCUGUAUGGAGGAAUGGUCUAAGAUCCCUCCCAGUGUGUUCUCCAACUCAUAGAAUAUUUGAGAAGAAUACUGUGUUAUCCUUGCAAAGAAUGGGUGCUGGAGUACUGAAAGAUUUGUAUUACUUGUUAAACAAUCCAUUUCUUUAUGCUCUUCUAUUAGUAUAAUUCGUAAAAAAAAAAUUUUUGCUAAUAUUUAUGGUUUGACUGUAUGAAAUGUUAACAUAUGUGCAGGUAAUUGAUGUGCAUUUAGACGUUACUGCUAGAUACAGGGGACACGAGGUUAUACAACAAGGUCAUUUUUUUCUGUCUUUAUAUAAUUGGAAAUAUAGACUCAUUAACAUGCACAGAAUUGUUUGAACGUCAUCUAUAGCGAAAAAUCAUAAAAUAUCACUGCUUUCUGUUAUACCAGACAGGAGAAAAAGCUACUCAUUAUGCAAGUCCUGUCGAUUGAAAACAAUUACUUCAGUUGCCUUGGGACUGCACAUGCACAGAGAUAACAGAAAGGCUCUUCAUAUGAUGUAAGAAAAUUAACAUUUGAAAUCAAUGUAAACUAACUGAUCUAUUUUGAUAAUAAAGACAUUAACAUA